AUGCCCUCCAAGCGUACUGAUCCAGGUAUGUUCACUCUCCCCAUUUCGAUUGGGAACAUUAAAGUCGAGCAUGCUUUGUGUGAUCUAGGUGCAUCAAUAAAUGUUUUACCGCUUUCCCUUUAUAAGAAACUGGAAGGAGUGAGAAUGGUUGAUACGAAGGUGGUAAUUCAAUUAGCUGAUAGGUUGUGCAUCAGUCCCGAGGGUGUGUUAGAGAAUGUAAUAGUCAAAGUGCAUGAUUUUCUAUACCCUGCUGAUUUCCAUGUUAUAAAGAUGAGUGAGUACCAGUCUGCUGAGUCUAGCGGAGUGCUUUUAGGAAGACCAUUUUUACGCACCGCUAAGACAAUCAUUGAUGUUUUUGAUGGAACUAUUUGCUUAGAUUAUCAUGGACAGAAGUUUAUUUUUAACAUAGAUGAGGAACAGGUGGAAAAUUCUGAGUUAAGUCACUUCAUUGACAAGGAGGUGGCCAAUUGGUGCGAGGCCGUAAACACACUGGGAAUGACAGAUGAAGAGUUAGCAGAGGCACUUCUGGAAUUCUGUAAAAGUCCUGAAUCUGCCAGGUCUAAGGAAUUAGCAUGUGUGUCUAAUGUGGAAAAUUUUCUUGGACCUGAAGGAUUAAUCACCAAGGAGGCAAAGAAGAAUCCACUACCUCAGGAGACAAGUUCAACAAAGAAUGAACUGAAGACAUUGCCCCCAGGCCUAAGGUAUGCUUAUUUGGAGGAGAACGAGAUGUUCCCGAUGAUCAUUAACAACAACCUAACCGGGGAGCAAGAAACAGAAUUACUAAAAGUACUCAGGAGGAACAAGAAAGCCAUAGGAUGGACUCCGUCAGACCUGGUGGGAAUCAGUCUUGACCUCUGCAUGCACCAUAUUUGCUUGGAGGAAGGAGCGAAACCCCACUGA